AUAUUUCUUCAGCAUUCCUUGGCGCACUUCCUUGGACUCAUCCUCUCGCGGCACGUAGACCACUAGGAAGACAGCCCCCCGCGCAAGGACAGAUCGGGGGCAGGAGGAAAACGUACGAUCUGUUUGGGAUAUCAUUCGUGUUCUAGUCGAUCUCAUGAACACUACAGGAUCGGCUUGACGCGAAGUGGUGCGGAGAAAUGGCAACGACGUCGUUCGGAGAGACGUUUUUGGUUGCGAAUGAAACGGCGGCAGGUGGAGGAACGACCGAGGAGGUCCCGACAUGGCUAACCUGUCUUGAAGCCACCUUCAUGAUCGUCAUCUUCAUGUCUUCAGUAAUCGCCAACUUGAUCGUCUUCGCUCUCUUCUACAAGAAGCCGUCCCUUCUGAGCAUCUCCAACCGUUUCGUCUUGAACCUGGCGGUGUCGAACUUCCUAAUGUCUCUGCUGGUGACUCCGUCGGUGCUGGUGUCGGCCAUGGCCCGCAGCUGGAUCUUCGGAGACGCGCUGUGCCAGGUGGCCGGAGUACUGACCACGCUCCUGUUCGCAGCCAGUAUCUGGACACUGGUGCUGGUCAGUCUUGACCGGUACUGUGCCAUCAUCGCGCCGCUGCACUACGCCAUGCGGAUCACCCCUCCGCGCUGUCUGUACAUGAUGGGCGCCGUGUGGCUGGUGUCUGCCGGGCUGGCCGUCCCGCCUGUAGCCGGCUGGAGUCACAUCCAGUACCAGGCAGAGAAGUGCUCCUGUACGGUGGUGUGGGAGACCAGCAACCGCACUGACAGGUAUUACACCAUCUUCCUAGCCGUGGUGUGUUUCGGGCUGCCGUGCCUGAUCAUGGCGGGCGCGUACAGCCGGAUCUACCGGGCGGCGCAGAAGACCACUGCCCGGGCCCGCAGGAACAGCGUCUUCCCUGAGCCGAGUUCCAGCACUGUCACAGGACUUCGUACUCCGAAGAGACGGCCCAGCACCGACAGCCUCUCCAAGAGAAGGUCUAGCACGGACAGCAUCCGGUCAACCUUCCGGGGCCGGAGAGCGUCCAACGCGUCCGACCACCCCAUGGCUCACAUCCGGGACGACUGGAUCGCCGCGAAGACAGGCAUGGUGGUCAUGUCCACCUUCCUUCUCUGCUGGAUUCCACACUUCACCGUCAUGGUCCUGGAGUCGACCCUGAGCCAGCCGAACCUGAUACCGUCCUGGGUGGAGAGGCUUGCGCUGUACCUGGCGCUGUCGUCCUGCACGGUGAACCCCGUGGUGUACGUGUUCCGUUCCCGGGUCAUGCGGUACCAGCUGCAGGCCCUGUUCGCUCGGACGAACUGCACCGCCAGUGGACGCAGGGAGCGGGUCUUAGAGCUGACCACGACGUCAGACUCCAACCAGCUACAGGUAAACAGACGCCGUGCCUCGGGCUCAUCACUCCCCACCACAUCCACCUGCGCAAGUAGUUCCUCCCAGUCCACCGCCGGGCGGCGGGAACCAAGCGUCGGCUCAUUGGCCAGUUACACCAAGCCCCCCAUGGUCACCAUCCACGAGCAUGAUGAGGAGAUCACGUCGGCGGUCGUGCACAGCAGCGCCAGUCCCGAGCUCGUCCUGGACUUUAACAGUCUGACGCGGAGAUCGUCCGCGGACGGUACGAGUAGCCCGCCACCACCGACCCCGCCAAUGUACGUCAUCCCGGCGCUAACCGUGUCCGGACCGGGCGAUCUAGACGGGUCAUCCGAGAACAUACACGACGUUCCUCUUCCAUUCGGUUGUGUUGUGGACAUGGUUUAG